AUGGCAGGUAGACUCGUGCGGGCCUUGUCGAUCAGACCAACAAGCCGACUUGCUCAGCCGGCUUGGAAGCAUCCACGCUAUCCCCCAUCAUCGCGCCCCUGGAUUCGCGCGGUCCCCCGAUGCUUCCAUUCGACUGCAACCAUAGCUAGCGCGUCGCCGGAGCUGAAAAAGACCCUAACGCCAGAUCUCCUGGAGAGCGUGCAUCAACUCUGGUUUGGUCAUUGUGAGGAGGAAAAUUCUCUGAUUCUCCCAAGUCAAAAUGAGUUGCAGCGUUGGUUCAGACGCGACGCGGAUUUCGACAAGACCUGUGUUGCAAAAUUUCGCCCUGUGCUAGAAUCAAUUCUUAUUUCCGAAGCAUCGGCCACCGACAUUCUAGAAACAAUCAACACAGCCUCGCCUUUCUCUUGGCUCUACACCCUUAUCCUUCUGGAUCAGAUCUCUCGAAACUGCUACCGUGGUUCUGAAUCAAAGCUGGUAUUUACCCGUUUUGAUCCGCUAGCCAAUGCGAUCGCCAUGCAUGCAAGUGAGAAGAGAAUUGCUUCUCAAUCACCGGAGCUGAGAUAUCGGCUGGCCUACCGCAUGUGGUUUCAUCUGCCUCUAAUGCACUCCGAGGAACUAAAAAUGCAUGAGAAAUUCCUCGAGCAGUCUGAAAUCAUGGCCACGGAGAUAGAAGAGCUCAUUGGCAGAGAUGUCGGCGCCUUAUCUGAAGAUGAAACGAAGUGCCAUCACGUUUUGUCUGGCCAGCGAGAUGAGCUUAAGAAGUUCUUGACUAUGAAUAUCGAGUUUGAGAAGAGACACAAGGUCAUCAUUGAGCGGUUUAGGCGAUAUCCGCAUCGCAAUGAGGCUUUGGGUAGAACCUCGACGUCGGAAGAGGUGGAAUAUCUAGAGAAUGGCGGGGAGACAUUUGGGUGA